AAAUGAACUCCGUGGUGGUUUGUAGCGGUACUACGAGCCGUGUAAGCCCGAUGCUCCCGUCGUCGUCCGUAAGUGAAUAGGAAGAUCGAUCCGGCCGGGAUGGAGGGCAUCGCGUCCAGGAACGAGUCCGGGAUCACGCCAGAGCUCUACUUCCUGAUCGUCAAGUUCCUCGAGGCGGGCAUCUGUCCGGAGGCCGCGGCGGUGCUGAAGCGGGAACUGGAGCGUGCCGAGGUACUUCCGUCGCGACUCGAUUGGGAGGGCAACGUGCACAGUCAGACGUUCGAGCAAUUGGAAAAGAAAUAUCCUCACAUUGGACCACAUUAUUUGUUGCAAAUAUGUGCCAGAAUAGGACCAGUGUUAGAGAGAGAAGUGCCGCCAUGCGUUCGUGGAGUGAUAUCGCUUCUGGGAGCAGGCAGGCAGUCCCUGCUGCGUACCCACGAAGAUUUUACGCGUCGUACAUACAGCAUUGUCGAUUAUUCUAUAAGACUCGGUGGAAAACCUUUUCUGGAACUCCUCGGUAGCCUGUCAGUGCCUAACAUAGUACGUGUACUUCAGGGACGAGAGAAUUCUGGCCCCUUGAGCCGGAGGCAGGCGAUACCUACAAAGUUCUACAGCAAAAUGAAGUUGUAUCGGCAUACGCUGGGCCAUUUAUCCGCGGUGUACUGCGUGCUGUAUGAUCGCACCGGCAAAUAUAUUGUAACUGGAGCGGACGAUUUGCUCGUCAAAAUCUGGAGUUCCAUUGACGGACGUUUGCUCGCCACUUUCCGUGGUGCAUCCGCGGAGAUUAUGGACAUUGCGGUGAAUUUCGAAAAUACCCUGUUGGCAGCGGGAAGUUUAGAUCGAGUAAUACGGGUUUGGUGUUUUCAGUCGAUGUCGCCUGUGGCAGUUUUAACCGGGCAUUCAGGCAUGAUUACGUCCAUUAAUUUUUGUCCAAUAGCGUGUAAUGACGUUUACUACUUAGUCUCUACCAGUACUGAUGGAUCCGUAGCCUUUUGGUCUCAUACAAAGAAACCGAACGAGAGAGCAGUAUUUCAAACAAAGCCCAUUCAGUAUCAUGAGAAAAUGAGGCCCGGCCAAGCGCAAAUGAUUUGUUCCUCCUUCAGCCCCGGAGGUGCAUUUAUGGCAGCUGGCUCCGCGGAUCAUAACGUGAGAGUUUACGCGAUGUUAGGGGACGAAGGACCACGCAGAGUCCUCGAAAUUGAGGCGCAUUCCGAUACAGUCGAUAGUAUUCAAUGGGCGCACAGCGGCUUAAAAUUCAUUUCUGGUUCUAAAGAUGGUACUGCGAACGUAUGGCAUUUCGAGCAGCAGCAGUGGGUACAUAAACAGCUGCUCAUGACGACAAAGCUCCCCGGAGAACCAGAAACGGAUGAUGACUCGAACAAAAAGGCGAAAGUAACCAUGGUUUGUUGGGACGUGAGCGACGAAUUUGUUAUAACAGCAGUCAACGAUUAUACGUUGAAAGUGUGGAACGCAAAAUCGGGUGGAUUGGUGAAGGUCCUGCGGGGACACAAAGAUGAAGUUUUUGUGUUGGAAUCGCAUCCAAUAGAUCCUCGAAUGAUUCUCAGUGCUGGUCACGAUGGCCAGCUUAUUGUUUGGGAUGUAUUGCAAACAGAACCGAUUGAGUGCUUUCAAAAUUUUGUUGAAGGUCAAGGAAAUUGUGCUAUUUUUGACGCGAAAUGGUCGCCCGAUGGUACGAGGCUCGCCGCGACGGAUUCUAAUGGACAUCUGUUGAUGUACGGAUUUGGAUGUGCAGUCGAGAAACUGAAAAUCAUACCGAAAGAAUUAUUCUUCCACACGGAUUAUCGUCCUUUGAUAAGAGAUGGAAAUAACUAUGUUCUCGACGAGCAAACACAAACAGCGCCGCAUUUGAUGCCGCCACCAUUUUUGGUUGAUGUAGAUGGAAAUCCCUAUCCGCCAGCGUUGCAGAGAUUGGUACCAGGAAGAGAAAAUUGUAGGGGCGAGCAAUUGGUACCAAAUAUUGCAGUUGGUGCAGGCGGCAUGCAAGAAGUUAUAGAAGGUCUUCCAGAACAAGAGCCUAGAUCGAACAUUGAUCGUUUAAUUGAGGCUCUUGCUCAGAGACAAAAUAUCAAUGGAGGAGCGGAUGGAGAAGCGGUCGCCGCUGGUGCCGGAGAAGAUAGGGAGAAUAACGUCGCGGAACAACCGAUUCGUCAAAUAGCGAGUCCUCGUGGUAGUAGAGCUGGUUUGAGAAGAGAAGGCAACGUUGAAGGUGUUCGGCAAAGCAGCGGCAAUUGGCAAAGGGAUAACACUACUCCUUGGAAUAAGCCUAUGCUCGCGCGUCCCAUUAAUCCGGCUGUAAUGGAGACUCAACUCAAAAUGAUUCAAGCGAUGGCCGAUAAUGAGAUAGAGACUUGGCGACAGGAAAUGCGACGGCGACCACAGCCUACCUCGAGCACUGCCACUGAUCAAGGCAAUAUAGGAAAUAAACUUAUAAACCGGAAACGUAAUAGAACUACUAGGCACGGUUAUAGAACUAGAGCAACGCGUGAAGAGGAGGAGGAGGAUGAAUAUGAGAGUCCUGAAAACGCUGGCACGUCAGCGAGUUCAGCCAGUAGCAACGAUUCCACUGCUCACGAGGAAGAUAUGUGCUCCGAUUCUAGCACUACAGAUUCCAGUACUGAGUAUUCCGAUUGGAUCGCGGAUCACGGAUUGAGUUUAGAACCGCCCAAACGCAGUAAACGGAAACCCGUGAAAAAACGGUCUGUCACACCCCAGAGUGAGACGGACCGAAGACGCAGUAGGCGUCCUAAGAAAAAACAGGGAAUACAAAUAGCUAAUGGUAUUCGUGAAGUUCCUGAAAUUUAUCGACCUUCAGAAUGGCUUACCGAAGUAAUACCGAGGAAAGCCCCUUAUUACCCGCAGAUGGGCGACGAAAUAGUGUAUUUCAGACAAGGUCAUAAAUUCUAUUUAGAUGCAAUUAGGAAUAAAAAGAUUUAUGAGCUUAGUCCGCGGUGCGAGCCAUGGACCAAGAUAAAUAUUAGAGCGCAAGAGUUUGUAAAAGUAGUGGGUAUUAAGUAUGAAAUACGACCGCCUCGUUUGUGCUGUUUGAAAUUAGCAUUGAUGGAUGAUGCCGGUCGGCUUACUGGGCAGAAUUUUACUAUUAAAUACCACGACAUGGCCGAUGUGUUAGAUUUCCUAGUGUUGCGCCAAACCUUUGAUAUGGCGUUGGCGCGAAGUUGGUCUCAGCAUGAUAAAUUUCGUUGUAUGAUCGAUGAUGGCUGGUGGAUGGGGAAAAUUGUCGGAAUGCAACCAUUAGACGAAGAGUUUCCGGAAUCGUAUUUUAUGUCCAUUCGCGUCAGAUGGGAUAAUGGAGAAUUUGAACGAAUGAGUCCUUGGGAUCUCGAGCCUAUUGACGAAGAUAGAGUUCCCACGGAAAUUGGCGGUGCAGUUUCCGUUUUACCGGAGGAGAGACAAGCGAUACUGUACCAACCACAUGCGGAGGAGUGGCCCAUGGGUGACAGAGAAGCGACUUGUCGCCGAAUCAUACGAGGCCUGGAUCAAGUAAUGAGUCUCGCGAUCGCAGAACCGUUUGUGGUGCCGGUGGAUCUUAGUCUUUAUCCAACUUACGCCUAUAUCGUGGAAUAUCCAAUUGAUUUGUCGACUAUAAAAGCCCGUUUCGAGAAUCAUUUCUACAGAAGAAUCACAUCGGCGCAAUUUGAUGUUAGAUACUUAGCAACGAACGCUGAACAAUUCAACGAACCGCACAGUCAUAUAGUGAAAAAAGCGAGAAUAGUCACUGACUUAUGUCUACGUAUAAUAAAGGAAACUACCGAUGUGGAUGUUCCGGCAGUAUAUCACCAAUUGAAUGAUACGUAUCACUCUUCUGAAUCGGAGGUAGACGUAGAAAACAACAGACCCUCGACGAGUAAACCGAGAUCUGCUUCGAGUAGAAAUUUGCGCUCGCAAGAGAUAUCACAAGACUGGAAACUGGCGUGUCGCCAAUUGCUGGAGAGUUUAUGGCAGUGCGAAGACUCGAUACCUUUCAGAGAACCGGUGGACAGAUUAGAACAUCCGGAGUAUUAUCAAAUAAUAGACACACCGAUGGAUUUGCGUACCGUCAAAGAGGAUUUACUAGGUGGCAAUUAUGAGACGCCUGUGGAAUUUGCGAAGGACAUGAAAUUGAUAUUUACAAAUAGUAGGAAUUUUAAUACCAACAAACGCUCGAGGAUAUAUUCAAUGACAAUAAGACUGUCGGCUAUGUUCGAAGAUCACAUGCAUAGGAUACUUUUAAAUUGGAAAUCGGCGAGCAGACGUAAAUGUAACAAUAAUAAAAACAAUGAGAAGAACAAUGAGAAGAAAACAAGAGCGAAAAGAAAGAGGAGACAGAGGAAGAAACCUAAUUUAAGUAAUGGCACAGGACCUUCCAAAUCAAAAUCUGCUCCUAGCGAUGACGACGAAGACAAUGUAGACAGUGAGAACGACGACGACGAGGAGUCUGGUAAAGAGCAGAAAAAGAAAAAUUUUGACAUAUUUGCACCUGGACCAUCUCGGAUGACGAACGGUCACACGAAGCGGUCUAAUUCCGGGCCGUCCCGGCCAACGCUGAAACUGCGAAUCUGCCGGUCGACCGUAACGAAGAAGCCGAAAGAUAGUGAUAGUGACGCUAGUGAGUCUGAAGCAACGUCGGACAGUGAUAGCAGUGACAGUGCUCCUGUCCGAAGAACUAGAGCAAGGACAGCGAUACCUAGUGUUAGUGCCGAUUCCGAUUCUGGGGACGAUUACACGCCCGGCGGUCGCAGCAAGCAGGUUCGCAAGAAUCGCGGCAAAAAUAUUAAAAACGGUAAGCAAUCCAAAUCUAAAGUGAAAUCGAACGUUAUCGCGGACGACGACGACGACGACGACGACGACGAUGAUGAGUACGUUGCGGAGAGCAAGGCGAACGAGGAUAACGAAGAGGACGAGGAGGAAUUCCUAGCGCCAGACUCUACGGAGGAAAGCGAAGAAGAGAAGAUCAUCAAAAGAGAUACUAGAUCACGAAAGUUAGUAACUGAGAGCGUGCAAAACCAAAAAUACACUGCUAACAAUGGAAAGAAUGAUGACAGCGAUAGCGAGAGCGAAAACGACGAUGAAGAAGAAGAGCAGGAGCAGGAAGAGGAAGAAGAGGAGGAGGAAGAAGAGCAGCAGCAUAUUCAACAUAAGGCUAAUCAUCAAGACUCGGAGGACAGUGAUUAUUCCUACAGAGGAUUCAGAUCGUCGCGCUCGAGUCCUCGGAAGCAGCGCAGUUUUGUGGACUCGGAGAACACGACGCAGCACAGCAGCAGGCGAUCCUCGGCUCGGAAGCGUCCCUGUUACAACGAGGAUAGCGACGACAGUACUACGAUGCCGGUGAGAAACCGGCGCAAGAUCAAGCGUCACUCGUACGCCGAGGAUAGCGACGAGAGCAUACCGGAGCCCGGCAUCAGCAUAAGUAGCCGAGGUCGCAUACGUAAAAUGACACCGCGCGCCCGCGCUUAUCUUCUAGAUUCGCCCUCUACCUAAAACGGCAUCUCUCUAGGUAAAAGUUACUCGGAUCAUUAUCGAAGGGACUGUCCAAAGAUGAAUGGAGAUGGAGUUUUCAAUCGAUCGGUCUUCUUGAUCUCGACGCUUGCUUCGUCGUUACGCUAUUUUCCAUCUUGCGAUACAGAAUGAAUCUCCGAUAUGGUCUUCGGAGAUAAUACAGUGGAAACUAAAAUAAGGUUUUAUUUCCGGUCUUUUUCUUCUACGCUGGAAUAAAACGUUUACUUGUAUAAAAUAUCGAGAUUGUAAAGCGAAUCGGAUUGCGCAGGCGCUUCUGCUAAGUACUUCUAUUUUUAUGAAGCGGCUUGGUCUAUAAUAUAUAUAAAAAAAACGCUAUUUCUUUUUUACAUUUACCUAUACUGACGAUCUGAAUAAUACAUUGGCUCAAUGGUACAAAAAACACAGUGUGUGAACGGACACGCGACAUUUUCCAUUUUUUUACAAAUCACUCUGUACUAUUUUAUUUGCGCGUUCAACCGAAUUUAAUAACGAUAAGAAAAUCUGUAUAAAGUUUUGCGUAUUCUAAAGAAAAUUAUAUCGAAAAUUCUAUAUAAUCGUGUUGUUGUACAGGUACGAUGAUUAUCUUGUUAACUACCUUGAAAGUGUAGAAACAGGAUCGCGUCUUCGCGAAAAGAUGUUGGUCCUAACGCUUAUAUGAUUGCUUCCAUUGAUUUCAAAAGUUCAGCUGACAAAUGAAAUUUUCAUGCUAUGAUUAUAUAAAAGAAAGGAAAUCGUGUUGUUUUAUAAAACAGUUUUCAGUCUCAUUAAAGCAACAAAGGUUGAACAAUGCACUUAUGAAAUUUAUCGAGUUAUCGAUUUAAUAGGUCUUCGCAUUAUCAUUGUAAUGGUUGUUCAUUGAAAGUUUAUGAACUCAUGUUGAGAGACUCUUGUUUCCUCACUGCAGUCAUAUUGAAUUUGAAAACCUUUUCAAUUCGUGGAUAAAUCGAUAAAUAGCUACAAAUCUUUACAAUUAAAAUUAGCUAUAAAUAGCUAUAUAACUAUCUAUCACGAAGUCCACUUUACUGGAAAGAUAGGACAUGCAGAUUUGAGAAAAGAAAAAAAGAAAUUUUAUUUAUUUAUUUUUUUUUUUUUUUUAUUCAGCAUAAGCAGUUCAUAAGAUUUUGCUUGAGUUCGCAAUUCAGUAGAACUGCAAUGAGACAAUCAAGAGCCUUUGUACAAUUUUUUAAACAUGUUUCACUGUAAGAACAUGAAUCAGUAUUCGUUUUUAUCUAUGAAAACUCUCUCUUUUCAAGAGAAAAACGUAAUGUAAUUCAAUGUGAGUUUUGCAUUGCUCCGAGAGAAAGAUCUAUGCAGUUCGUUACACACAAUGGUUACCUCCUUAGACAGCGGACUUGUAAUUAGUAUUUUUAAGUUAUAUUAAAUGUGACAUGUGCGAUAGCGACAACGGUUUGUUGUUAGCAUACGGAGAGAACUGGAUCUAUUUUUUUUUUUUAAUGUGAUGAACAAUAUUUGGGAGUACAACAAAAGGCAUCUUUAUAAUUUUCUUCUCUUCUUUUUUUCCCUUUUUCUUCCUCCUUUUCUCUCUCUCUCUUUCUCUCUCGACAAAUCCUGCCUUUUCGCUUCUCACGAGUUUACUUAAGUUUACCGCACUACCGCACAUCACAUGUAGAAAAGUGAGUCCGCGUGCGUGUAAAUAUACAUACAUUGUAUCCAGUCGAGUAUAAUUCUUAUUUCUUCUUCUUAAUAUUGACGUUGCAUAAGAUAAAUUGUGUAUAUGGUCUGUAGUUCGCGUGUGAAAUAACGAUUUUUUACAUAGAAUUUAUACAUCUGUUACGGUUUUAAGGAAGUCACGCAAUUUUAGAAUUUUUCACGAAGGCAGAUAUAGAGACGUUUUCCAGGUUUAUAUAACGCGAAUUUCAACAGAUUAUGCAUUACGUAGUAGUAUGAAUGAAUUAUGUCAGAAGACAGUUGUGCCGCCAGCAGCUAAACAUCGUUCAUCAGGACACAUGCACAAACAUCAGAAGUCUUGACUGUCUCGAGCCAUUGUGAUAUUAGUUUAAGAAUAUCAAAUAUAUGAUAAUGUAAAUUAUCUAAUUAGGAUUGUAAUGGAUAUUUUUUUAAUGACUUACAUAAGACAGUCAUAUCACAUGUAGAUUCGAUAAUGCAUACAGCCUUGGAUUAAUAUUAAUUUAAUGAUGUUAACUUUGGUCUCACUCUAUUAAUAAUACAAUAACGAAUAUACUUCACGUGGUGAACAUCCAGGAAUAAUAUAAUUUCAUGUAUAUAUGCUCCGUGUCAAAGACGUAUGCGGGAGUUAUAAAACGCGGAGUUUAAUACGAAACAGUUAUGUUUUAUGUACAGUUUGACACUUAUUCUGUUGUGAAAUCAACGUGCUCUGUUAUAUACAAUAUGGUUCUCCGAAACCCACCGCCACCAAUAAAAAGAUUAAAUUAUUUUA